CCUCCUCGUUCUCCUUCUCCAAACCCGCGCUCUACGUCACCAUCUACCUCCUCGGCCAUGGCGACGGCGACGAGAAGCCCCUCCGGGGCGUCCGGCAACUCCGGCACCGCCACAAGACCCCGCUCCUCCCCCACCGCCGCGACCCGGAGUGGGACCACCCCGUCCGGAUCUACAUCGACGGCCCCGACCCCCUCCCCCACCUCCUCCUCCUCCUCCGCUUCGAACUCACCGCCCGCGUCCACCUCCUCCCCGACCGCGUCGUCGGCGCCGUCUCCGUCCCCGUCGCCGACCUCUACGCCGCCGGCGCCGGCGACCUCGGCCGCGCCAGCUACCAGGUGACCUCCCCCGACGGUAAACCCAACGGCGUCCUCUCCUUCUCCUACAUCAUGAACACCCCCUCCCCCGCCUCCUCCGCCGCGGCCAAGGUGGCGGCGCCGCCUCCUCCUCCGCCUCCGUCGCCGCCGCCGCCGAAGGUUAGUCUGUAUCCGUCAUUGUUGGAUCUGAUUCCCGAUCCGCCGCCGCCGCCGCCGACGACGGAGGCGGAGCCGCAUAGGGUUUGUUACCCGGCGAUAGAUCCGGCGCCGCCGAUGGACACGGUGGUGGCUUACCCCGCUCCGGCGCAGUUUAGCGGGUGGUGCUAUCCUGCGCCGCCGCCGCAGUGUGGCUACUGCGGCUAUUUUGCGCCGCCGGGGAGUUGCGGGUGCCCGGCGCGGAGAUGAGCUUCCAGAAGCUUCUUCUCUCUGAAGUGUUGUACAAUUGGGGGAAUUGGGUCCACGUGGCUAGCUUUGAUUGGGUAGCUAUUUAUCUGUGGCAUAUACUAACAAUAUUUUUUUUAUAUAAAAAGCUGUAAAGUUUUAAUUGUUAACAAGAAAGCUAAUGGUGAAAGAACCAAUUGAAAAGUUAAUAAUGUUCCAUCAGUAAUCAUUCGAGAAAAUCAGCCAUUGACGUCAGUGUUAUAUUAUUUACUUAUCACUGCUUAGCGCAGUUGGUUGAUAUUUUUAUGUCAGGAUGUGUGUGUAUUGAAGUCGAAAGGCAUUGGUAAAAAAAAGAGAAAAAUGUAUUGUUAUUACUGGAACUAUUUAUUGGCUAAAUUUAUUCUACAAAUAGUAAAACCAGUUUUGUUAAUAACACCAUCUUCUAUGAUUAAGUGCAUGAUAAAUAUUUCUUAUGAUUUAAGCGUGACAAUGUAAUUUGGCUCUAGCCCAAGUAAUAUUUAUACAAUUAGAUGCUCAUCACUGGUGGUCUUGAACAAGUGGAAUUAAACUUUUUUAAGUGCAAAUUCACAAAGCAAUUGAACAAGUCAAAGGAUUAUAAGAUGCUUCUAAAGGAUUAUAUGGGCUUUUUAAUUAUG